AUGGAUUAUAUUUUUCUUUUCAUCACAAUUCUUAUUACUAUUCUCAUCACCAAGAUUUUUCUCCCAUUCUAUAAACCCUACAAGAACCUUCCACCGUCGCCACGUUUCUGUCUUCCGAUCAUCGGACAUCUUCACCUCCUCAGACAACAGCCGUUGAUUCACCACACUCUCCGCAGUCUCUCCCACGCUCUUGGCCCCGUGUUCUCUCUUCGCCUCGGCUCUCGUCUUGCGGUCAUUGUCUCUUCUCCGACCGCAGCCGAAGAAUGCUUUUUAACGAAAAAUGACAUCGUUUUAGCGAAUCGGCCUCAUCUCAUCAUGGGCAAGUACGUGGCUUAUGACUACACGGCCAUGGUUGCAGCUCCUUACGGUGACCAUUGGCGAAACCUCCGUCGUAUCACCUCCUUGGAAGUCCUCUCGACCAGUCGACUCAACGGCUCAGCGGAAAUCCGACAAGACGAAGUUAAGAGGCUUCUUCAAAAGCUCCACGGUUUAUCCCUUGAACGCCCGGCUAAAGUGGAGUUACGACCGUUACUCACGGGUCUAACCCUAAACGUGAUAAUGAGAAUGAUGACCGGAAAGAGAUGCUUCGAGGAAGAUGAUGUAGAAGACGGACAGGCGGCGGAAAUAAGCUUGGAGUUUCGAAACCUAGUGGCAGAGAUUCUAGAGGUGUCUGCGGCGGACAAUCCUGCGGACUUUUUGCCGCUUCUACAGUGGUUUGAUUACAAAGGCUUGGUGAAGAGAGCGAAGAAAAUCGGAGAAAAGAUGGAUCGUUUCUUACAAGGGUUUUUGGAUGAACAUAGAGCUAACAAAGAAAGAUUGGAAUUUAAAAACACCAUGAUUGCUCAUUUGCUUGAUUCCCAAGAAAAAGAGCCUCAUUACUACAAUGAUGUUACCAUCAAAGGUCUCCUUCUGAUGAUGGUUAUAGGAGGCACAGAUACAUCGGCCUUAACCGUGGAAUGGGCAAUGUCAAAUCUAAUGAAUCAUCCACAAGUACUAGAGACGACGAGACAAGAAAUCGAUACUCAAAUGGAAUUGUCAUCAUCAUCAAAUACUCGUCGUUUGUUGAAAGAAGAAGAUUUGGUGAACAUGAACUACUUGAACAAUGUUGUGUCCGAGACACUAAGGCUCUACCCUGUGGCACCACUUAUGGUUCCUCAUUGCUCAUCUUCUGAUUGUGUGAUCGGUGGGUUCCAUGUUCCACGUGAUACGACCGUGUUGGUUAAUGUGUGGGCUAUACAACGUGACCCUAGCGUUUGGGAUGAUCCGACGUCGUUUAAGCCGGAGAGGUUUGAAGGAAGAGAUCAGCUUGGACACUAUGGUUGUAAGAUGAUGCCGUUUGGGUUAGGGAGACGGGUUUGUCCCGGGUUGGGUUUGGCUAACCGGGUUGUUGGGUUGGUGUUGGGUUCGAUGGUUCAGUGUUUUGAAUGGGAGCGUGACUCAGGAGGUCCAGUUGAUAUGGCUGAAGGUCCAGGACUCAGUAUGCCUAAGGCUGAACCAUUGGUUGUCACGUGCAGACCACGUGAGGUUGCUUCUGAAUUGCUCUGUUCUUAA